AUGAGGAGUGAUCGAACGUCUAUUCACUGGUAUAAGCCAAUCAGCGAGAAGCAGUCUGGAGGUAUAAAUACGUCGCGGUUACUUUGAAAAUUUAUCAGUUAACUAUCUGAAGAAUCAACAAUGGCCCGUACCAAGCAGACCGCUCGCAAAUCUACCGGAGGAAAGGCUCCACGCAAGCAGCUCGCCACCAAGGCAGCUCGCAAGUCCGCCCCAGCCACUGGCGGAGUCAAGAAGCCCCAUCGUUACAGGCCUGGAACCGUCGCUCUCCGUGAGAUCCGUCGCUACCAGAAGAGCACCGAGCUUCUCAUCCGAAAGCUCCCCUUCCAGCGUCUGGUCCGUGAGAUCGCUCAGGACUUCAAGACCGAGCUCCGCUUCCAGAGCUCCGCCGUCAUGGCUCUCCAGGAGGCCAGCGAAGCUUACUUGGUCGGUCUCUUCGAGGACACCAACCUUUGCGCCAUCCACGCCAAGCGUGUCACCAUCAUGCCAAAGGACAUCCAGCUUGCCCGCCGUAUCCGUGGCGAGCGUGCUUAAGUUGUCUUUUCUUUGACUGACAAUAAUAAACGGCUCUUUUCAGAGCCACCAAAAGCUCAAGAAAGAAUCAAAUGAUCGAUCUUCUUCUGUCUUUGUGUUUUUAUAUCCUUUUUCCCACUGUAAUUAUCCGUUCAUUUUAACACCCCUAACCUAAUGAAAUUCUUUAUUCCCGCCAAAAUUCUAAUGUGGUGUGAUAAUAUAAGCGAGCGCAAAUGACUCCUUAGGUGUUGUUCAGAAUUU